UUAAUGUUUAGGGAGUAAAUAGAGACAUGUGUCUCCUCUCAUGAACAAAGGUGCAGAUAAAACUCUCAGAGCAUCCUGAUGAACUUUAUGAAAUGGACUAUUACUGUGAUCACUGGCUCCACCUCCAGCAUUAACGCCUCAUCUGCUCAUGAAAAGGUUCUCAUUAACCUGCAGUGCACACCCUCUAAUGUCCUAUUGUCUCCACAGGACUUAUAUCCAGGGUUGGCCACCUCAGGUCCACAUCUGCACUCAGUGAAGCUGUGAUAGCACUACUCUGUGUGAGACUCUCCAACAAACAAGAUGCAGAACAGGACUGAGAAGUUUGGGACUCAGCUGCAUCAGCGAGGUCUGUUCAGGAAGAGCACCACGUACCUGGCCAAGAUCGCUGUCGUUCUCCAAGAUGCUCCAGACAAGAUGCUCACUUUUACUCAGUUGAUGGACAGGCUGACAACACUCAUCUGUGAAGAGAGAAAAUCUAUUGAGAACAACAUCAGAGUCUGUUUAUCAACCCACGCAUGUUUUGUCAAAAUUCCAGUGGCCCCACACUCACUGGACAGUAAGAGGAACUACUGGAAACUGGACUCCAGUCAGAUCACAGUAAAGAUGGUGCGUCGUCACUUUAAAGGAAUCCUGCAUCUCUUCCCUGAGUUGGCCUCCAAACUGGAAACAGAGAACGGGAGCAGGCCGUCAGCUCUCCACUCUCCUGAAGCUGCAGCCUGCAAAGCUGUUCAGAUCAGAUGUGAGGUGAAGUUCAGCAGUCCUUUCUCCAUCGAAUCCCUCCUGAAGAGAGACGGCCUCUCGCCUCGGCCGUCCAGACCUUCUCCUCUGUCCAGUGUGCAGGUCAGAGCGGAGCAGCAGCCUCGGCCCACACACAGACACAUAGUCGGGACGAAGAGGAGCCUCAGCUGGGACUCUGAGGAGCCUGUUCACCUUCAGGUUUCAGCUGGAAGUUCCCCCAUCUGCUCAACAGGGGGCAGCACACACCAUGGAUUUACUGCUGAUGGAGCUGCUAAACCCAUCAAGAGGAUGCAUGUGAGCAUAGAGCCUUCAUUCCCUGCCUACACUAGAGCUGCUCCUCAUUUCACCAGCUCACACAGCAGUUACAUCACUUACUCUGUGCCAGCAUUUACCCAUGAUGCUCUCCGUUUAUGGCUGUAAUGGGUUUUAUACCUGACAUGACAUGGCACUUUAUGUUUUCAAUAAAACAUCAAAAGAAGUUAUUCUUGUGGUUGUCUUCAGUAAGAGUCCAAAGUG